AUGGCAGGCAGCAGCCUGGCCAGGUGGCUCCCCGGGCCCCGUGCCCCCCCUGAGCCGUGCGCAACCCCGCCAGUUCUCAGCAUCCACAAGCUCCCUGCCAGCAGAGCCACAGACAUCAGCUUCCCCAUGAAGGGCUGGCGGGCCACAGGCGACUGGGCCAAGGUGCCGGAGGACAGGGUCACUGUGUCCAAGAGCGUCUUCUCCACAGGGCUGGCAGAGGCCGACGACUCGUCCGUGUUUGUGGUGGGCACCGUGCUCUACCGGAACCUGGGCAGCUUCCUGGCGCUGCAGAGGAACACGACCGUCCUGAACUCCAAGGUCAUCUCGGUGACUGUGAAGCCCCCGCCUCGCUCCCUGCUCACACCCCUGGAGAUCGAGUUUGCCCACAUGUACAACGGCACCACCAACCAGACCUGUAUCCUGUGGGACGAGUCGGACGUGUAA